AUAUAAUUUUAUAAGCAGUAAUAAUAAAUCCAAUCCCGAUUAUAUAUGUGGCAUUUACCAACAUACUAAAAUGUUCCUUUUCUUUUGCCAAUAGGUUGAGAAAAUUCUGAUUGAUAGUAAAAACUGGAAGGUUUGUAGCAAAGCUUAAAACAUUUUUUUUGUAGUAGCAGUAGUAGCCUGUCUGUACUAAAAUUUAGUUAGAUUGGUUUAUAUUUCCAAAAAGUUUUGCAGUGUUGAGUAGAAUUCUAUUGAUCACACAGUAUUGAAUGCUCAGUAACCCUGAUGGCUUUAGAUAAGUGUAUUAAUUGGACAUAAAUAACUCACCCCACAUUUGUCUGUGUCACAAUCCACUGAGUGCUACAGUCCUGGCACCAAAAUCCCACAGAGUGAAUGGUUGUCCCACGGUUUCCCUGCCACUCUCCCUACCCUUUCUCUGUUUCUGCAGGAUAGUAAGCACCAUUGUGUCAGUGAGAUGUUUAUUAAUGAGAGAGGAGGUUGAAGGGAGCAGAGCAGAGCUGCUGUAGAAAUACUUAUCGCUAAUCUCAUUGUUAAUACGGUAAACCUGCUGAUGGACUGAAAGCUUGGAGAAGCUACGUAAGAGUUAGUUUUAGAGCAGAGGAGUUUUUCUUUGCUUUUCACUGGUGUCACAGUUUACUCAGGAGUUGGAACUGGCAGACUUUAAAAACUGGUUUUAUUAGGUGUAAUUGUCCAUGCAAGUUUAUUGUCAACGUUGUUUUAUUUAUUGGCUUGGUUGUGAGUGUUCCAUUUUGCAUUUAGAUGACUUCUAAUUCUUAAAACGCUUAACCGUAGGUGUUUUUUUGCCAAUUUUUAUGGUUGAAAUACUUUAAAAACUAAAUUUUUACAGCUAUUAUUUAGAUUUGCUUUUCUUUCUGUAAAAGAGCAGUGUGUGUCUGAGUGUGCGUACUUGCCUGUGAGUCUUUGAGUCUGUGUUUGGCUGCCAUGCCAUUGCCUGCGCCUGAUGUUGCUGCCUCUCAGAGGCUGGCACUGGACUGUCGCAGCCUUCUGGAUCAUCGGGUUGGCAAGGGGGUUUGUGGCUGUUGUGGAGCACUCAGGCCUCGGUACAAGCGACUGGUCGACAACAUCUUCCCAGAAGACCCAGAGGAUGGACUGGUGAAAGCCAACAUGGAGAAGCUGACGUUCUACGCUCUGUCAGCUCCAGAGAAGCUGGACCGUAUCGGAGCUUACCUGUCAGAGAGAUUGUCAAGGGAUGUGGCCCGACACAGAUACGGCUAUGUGUGCAUUGCCAUGGAAGCCCUGGACCAGCUUCUGAUGGCCUGCCACUGUCAGAGCAUCAACCUGUUUGUGGAGAGUUUCCUGAAGAUGGUGCGAAAGCUGCUGGAGUCAGACAAACCCAGUCUGCAGAUCCUAGGAACCAACUCGUUUGUAAAGUUUGCCAACAUAGAGGAGGACACGCCGUCGUACCACCGCAGCUAUGACUUCUUUGUGUCACGCUUCAGUGAGAUGUGCCACUCUGGCUUUGAGGACCCCGACAUCCGCACCAAGAUACGCAUGGCUGGUAUCAACGGUCUGCAGGGUGUGGUGAGGAAGACGGUGAAUGAUGAGCUGCAGGCCAACAUCUGGGACCCUCAGCAUAUGGACAAGAUCGUCCCCUCUCUGCUCUUUAACCUGCAGAGUGGAGAACGUACAGAGAGCCGCUCCCCGUCGCCACUGCAGGCAUCAGAGAAGGAAAAGGAAAGCCCGGUGGAGUUGACCGAGCGCUGCUUCAGGGAGCUGCUGGGACGAGCUGCCUAUGGCAACAUCAAGAACGCCAUCACGCCCGUGCUGAUGCACUUGGACAACCACUCUCUAUGGGAGGGGAAGACAUUUGCUGUGCGCUGCUUCAAAAUCAUCAUGUACUCCAUCCAGUCUCAACACUCUCACCUGGUCAUGCAGCAGCUUCUGGGUCACCUGGAUGCUAACAGUAAAAACUCAGCCACAGUUCGAGCUGGAAUAGUGGAGGUGUUACUGGAGGCAGCUGCCAUAGCAGCCAGUGGCUCUGUUGGUCCCACAGUUUUGGAGGUCUUCAACACCCUGCUGCGACAGCUACGUCUGAGCGUUGAUUACGAGUUGACCGGCUCGUACGAUGGAAGCACCAACAUCGGCACUAAGAUCAUCAAAGCUCACGAGGAGCGGCAGCUGCAGGAGGCUGUCAUCAGGACCAUUGGUUCAUUUGCAAACACUCUGCCAACAUACCAGAGGUCAGAGGUCAUGCUCUUUAUUAUGGGCAAGAUCCCUGUGCCUGGAGUUCAUCUGGUGCUGCCGUCCACAGGCUCAGGGCCAGAGGGCACUAGGAUGAUUCAGGUCAUGUUGCUAAAGUCUUUGGUCCAGGUGACAGCAGGUUUCCAGACCACCAACAUGUUGACCGCACUGCCCAGCUCCUUCCUGGAGCCACUCCUGUCCUUCUCUCUUACUGAGGACCCAGAGAUUCGACUGCUGGUUCUCCAGAUCCUCCUCAGCCUCAUUGACCGACACGACAACAGACCCAAGUUCCAGAACAUGAGCAUCUCGGACAUCUCUGCAUUAAAGCUGAAAGUUGACAAGUGCUCAAGACAAGACAACUUGUUUAUGAAAAAGCACGGUCAGCAGCUGUACCGUCACAUCUACCUUGGCUGUAAGGAGCCGAACAGCGGUCGGCAACACUACGAGACUCUUUUUGCUCUGCUGGGUCUUCUGAGUGUGGAACUGGCAAACGAGGAGGUGGUGGUGGACCUGAUCCGCCUCACACUGGCACUGCAGGACCUGGCCCUGUCGCCUGACGAGUCUCUGCCUGUCUAUAACCGAUGUGCUAUUCAUGCCCUGGCUGCCGCCUACCUCAACCUCAUCUGCCAGCUCACCACUGUCCCAGCCUUCUGCCAGCACGUACACGAGGUAAUUGAGGUCAGGCAGAAAGAAAGCCACUACCUUUUACCUGAGGACAUCUUUAUUGACAACCCCAAGUUACCGUCCUCGGUGGACAAGAUCGACGGGGGAGUUUUAUUCCUUCAGUCAAAGAUCACAGAAGUACUGGGCGGCAGUGGAUACAACACUGAGAGACUGGCAACACCUUAUGUCCCACAGUACACUGAUGAAGAUCGUCUGUCCAAGAGGAAGAGCAUCGGUGAAACCAUCUCACUGCAGGUGGAGAUGGAGUCCAGGAACAGUCCAGAAAAAGAAGAGAGGACACCAGCAGAGGAGAUCACAUUUGAAACUUUAAAAAAUGCCAUUGUAGACAGUGUUGGUAUGGAGGAGCUGGAGAGAGAGCGGAGGAGACAAGUGGUGGAGAAGUUUCAGAAGGCUCCCUUUGAGGAAAUAGCUGCUCACUGUGGUGCCAGGGCCACACAACUGCAGAGUAAACUGAAUCAGAUCUUUGAGAUUACAAUCAGACCUCCGCCCAGCCCGUCUGGAACCAUUUCAUCAGGUUACGGCCAAACUCAGAACCGUUCCGUGCCGAUCUACGAGAUGAAAUUUCCCGACCUUUGCGUCUACUAAACCACAAAGACGAACUUAGCGUUUGGUUUUUUUUUUUUUUUUUUCUUGCCAACCAAUCUUCACUGUAAAACAAGGGUCUCAAGCUCAUACUGACCAGGGGUCACUUCUGUCACUAACUUGAAUCAGUGCCUCCUUUAGGGUCAAGUCCUUCGUGUCCAUGCAACAUUUCUGAAAGUUAACUUUCUUUGUCAAAAAUGUUUCUGACUCUUUUAUUAUCAGAUUGUCUCAUGUUAGUCAUUGGGUAACAACACACUCUCUGUUCGUUUAUUUUAUUUAUUUUUUUAUCUGUGUGUGUAACGUUAUUCAUUAUAUCUGGGGAAACAAGCAGGGCUCCACAGCUCUUUCUGUGCAUCAUGACUGCUGAUGCCGAGGGUUUAUGGUCACAUUACUUUCUGAGUUGAAAUGAAGUUGCUGCGCCCCCUACAGUAGCUCGAAAGCAGAUAAAACAUUCUAGGGUCAUGUGAGUUUAUUAUUUGCCUAUCACAUUUGUAUCAUCCUAUUGGGGUUGAGGGAAGCACCAAGGGGAAAAACAGGACCCAGAAGUGACCCGCGGGCCAAGAGUUUGAGACCCUAGUACUGUAAAAUAAUUGAGCUUAGAUUUGUUAAGCAUCUACAGCUUAACUCAGCCAUAAGAAAUGAUUCAGUGAUUGCAGCCAAACACAUAACCACCACGGUCCUUUCAGAUUAACAUGGACAACACUGACCUUGUCAAGAACAGGAAAACGUUGCAUGCUCUGAAUCUGGACCUUAUGAAAACACUGCUAACCAGGCUGCCAUUGAACCUUUUGUUAACCAGAUGAGCUUGACCAAUCAUUCCUUCAUCACUAUAUUUUAUCAUUUGGGAGGUGGGGGUGUGUUUAGACCAAGAAGAGAGUAUUUGAAUGAGAUGCUUGACAGUGUACACUUUUUAAAAAUCUUCCUGUAUUUUCCUAAUUACUGUUACAUGUCAUUUAAAGUGUCUAACCCUUUUUUUUAACAUGUUUUAGAUUUUAAUUUUUGCCUUUUUUUAACCCUUUGCUUGAGUGAAUUUGUAUAAAGCUGCGAGCAUUUAUUUCUUUACAUAUAGUUGGUGUGUUUUUAGCCUUUAGUUAUGUUAAUGACAGCGUUACUGCUUAUCCCAAAGUGUGUGUGUGCCUUACAGACUCCAGUUCAAGGACACACAAAAAUGCACAAUGCGCCACAGAGGAUCUAAAAUAUAUAUAUAUAUAUAUAAACCAGAUCAAACACUAAAAAUAUUACUGAUCGUCCUGUAUUUUUCCUCCCUCCUCCUCAUAUAUAUGUGUACAUACAGAGAACUAUAUAAAUCUUUAAGCUGAUGUACAGAGUAAGGCUAUUCUCACGCGUGUGUGUGUAUAUACAGUAUAUAUUGUAUAUUAAUUCUAACUUUAGACUGCCACUGCACUGAUAAGUGUCCAGGGAUGAGGGAGAAUAAGCGACUUAGUUUGUAUCCAGACACAUUUUUGGCUUCAGUCCUGAGGUUUGUGAACGAGCCCGCAGUAGAAUCCUCCAUCGUCUUCAAGGUGAAAAAAGAAA